UGACUGAAUCAACCCAAGGUGGCAGGGAGCUAAUCGAGCAGAACAGUUGGACAUGUGCACUCAUGGCUCUUACGCGAGACUGCCUCUGAGCGUCUGUCCGCGGUGGGAGAUGUGGCAUAUCUAGUUAGUUCGGGACGAUGCAAGGCAAUACGUGCCACAGAAUGUCAUUCCACCCAGGACGAGGGUGUCCCCGCGGAAGGGGGGGGCCCGGACCCCGACCCUCCACCCCAGCUUUUAGGCCUCAGAACCUGAGACUGCUCAACCCCCAGCAGCCGCCCGUGCAGUACCAAUACGAGCCCCCCAGCGCCCCCUCGGCCACCUUCUCCAACUCUCCUGCUCCCAGUUUCCUGCCGCCCCGGCCGGACUAUGUGCCCUUCCCCCCUCCGACGCCCCCCUCGGCCCAGGGCCCACUCCCUCCCUGCCCAGUCCGGCCCCCCUUCCCCAGCCACCAGAUGAGGCCCCCCUUCCCCGUGCCCCCCUGCUUCCCCCCCAUGCCGCCCCCCAUGCCCUGUCCCAAUAACCCCCCGGUGCCCGGAGCACCCCCGGGCCAGGGCACGUUUCCGUUCAUGCUGCCGCCCCCGUCCGUGCCCCACCCGCCGCCGCCGGUCCUGCCCCAGCAGGUGAACUACCAGUACCCACCGGGCUACUCGCAUCACAGUUUCCCGCCCCCCAAUUUCAGCAGCUUCCAGAACAGCCCCAGUUCCUUCCCGCCCAGCGCCAGCAGCAGCGGCAGCCCCCACUUCAGGCACCUGCCGCCCUACCCGCUCCCCAAGGCACCCAGCGAGCGGCGGUCCCCCGAGCGCCUCAAGCACUACGACGACCACCGGCACCGGGACCACAGCCACGGGCGCGGCGAGAGGCACCGCUCCCUGGAGAGGCGCGAGCGCGGCCGCAGCCCCGAGCGCCGCCGGCCCGACAGCCGCUACCGGCCUGACUACGAGCGCGGCCGGACGCCCUCGCGACACCGCAGCUACGAGCGCAGCAGAGAGCGGGAACGAGAGAGACACAGGCAUCGAGACAGCCGAAGAUCACCUUCUCUGGAGAGGCCCUUCAAUAAGGAGUACAAGAAGUCUGGAAGGAGUUACGGUUUGCCAGCGACUCCAGAACCCGCCGGAUGCGCACCGGAAUUACCUGGGGAGAUUAUUAAAAAUACAGAUGCCUGGGCCCCAGCCCCAGAGACAAUGAAUCAUCGUUCCCCAAGUAGGGAGAAGAAGAGAGCUCGCUGGGAGGAAGAGAAAGACAGGUGGAGUGAUAGCCAGGGCUCCGGCAAGGAGAAGAACUUCACCUCGAUUAAGGACAAGGAGCCAGAAGAGACGCUGGCUGACAAAAAUGAGGAGGAGGAGGAGGAACUUCUGAAGCCCGUGUGGAUCCGCUGCACCCACUCCGAGAACUACUAUUCCAGUGACCCCAUGGACCAAGUGGGGGAUUCUACGGUGGUCGGGACCAGUCGGCUUCGGGACUUAUACGACAGGUUUGAGGAGGAGCUGGGGAACAGGCAGGAGAAGGCCAAGGCUGCCAGGCCUCCGUGGGAGCCCCCCAAGACCAAGCUGGAUGAGGAUCUCGAGAGCUCCAGUGAGUCCGAGUGCGAGUCAGACGAGGGCAGCACCUGUUCCAGCAGCUCCUCCGACUCGGAGGUUUUCGAUGUCAUCGCAGAAAUCAAACGCAAAAAGGCCCAUCCCGACCGGCUGCACGACGAGCUUUGGUACAACGACCCCGGGCAGAUGAACGAUGGCCCGCUCUGCAAGUGCAGUGCAAAGGCCAGGCGCACUGGGAUCAGGCACAGCAUUUACCCCGGAGAGGAGGCCAUCAAGCCCUGCCGCCCCAUGACCAACAACGCCGGCCGCCUCUUCCACUAUCGGAUCACGGUCUCCCCACCCACAAACUUCUUAACCGACCGGCCGACUGUCAUAGAAUAUGACGAUCACGAGUACAUCUUCGAAGGAUUCUCUAUGUUCGCUCACGCCCCGCUGACCAACAUCCCGCUGUGUAAAGUCAUCCGAUUCAACAUAGAUUACACGAUUCACUUCAUUGAAGAGAUGAUGCCUGAGAAUUUCUGUGUGAAAGGACUUGAACUCUUUUCAUUAUUCCUAUUCAGAGAUAUUUUGGAAUUGUAUGACUGGAAUCUUAAAGGUCCUUUGUUUGAAGACAGCCCUCCCUGCUGCCCGAGAUUUCAUUUCAUGCCACGCUUCGUGCGGUUCCUCCCAGACGGAGGAAAGGAAGUCCUGUCCAUGCACCAGAUUCUCCUCUAUUUACUUCGCUGCAGCAAAGCCCUGGUUCCUGAGGAGGAGAUCGCCAACAUGCUUCAGUGGGAAGAACUUGAGUGGCAGAAAUAUGCCGAGGAAUGCAAAGGCAUGAUUGUCACCAGCCCCGGAACGAAACCCAGCUCUGUCCGUAUCGAUCAACUGGAUCGUGAACAGUUCAACCCUGAUGUGAUCACUUUUCCGAUUAUCGUCCACUUUGGGAUACGCCCUGCACAGUUGAGUUAUGCAGGAGACCCACAGUACCAGAAACUGUGGAAGAGCUACGUGAAACUUCGCCACCUCCUCGCAAAUAGCCCCAAAGUCAAACAGACGGACAAGCAGAAGUUGGCACAGAGGGAGGAAGCGCUCCAGAAGAUUCGACAGAAGAACACGAUGAGGCGGGAAGUAACGGUGGAGCUCAGCAGCCAGGGGUUCUGGAAAACUGGCAUCCGCUCUGAUGUCUGUCAGCAUGCAAUGAUGCUGCCCGUUUUGACCCAUCACAUCCGCUACCACCAGUGCCUCAUGCAUCUGGACAAACUGAUCGGCUACACUUUCCAGGACCGCUGUCUCUUGCAGCUGGCCAUGACUCACCCGAGCCAUCAUUUAAACUUUGGAAUGAAUCCCGAUCACGCCAGGAACUCUUUGUCCAACUGUGGAAUCCGGCAGCCCAAAUACGGAGACCGAAAAGUUCACCAUAUGCACAUGCGGAAAAAAGGAAUUAACACUUUAAUAAACAUUAUGUCACGUCUUGGACAAGAUGACCCCACUCCGUCAAGGAUCAAUCACAAUGAGCGGCUGGAGUUCCUGGGUGAUGCGGUGGUUGAAUUUCUGACCAGUGUCCAUUUGUACUAUUUGUUUCCCAGUCUGGAGGAAGGAGGCUUGGCCACGUACCGGACAGCCAUUGUGCAGAACCAGCACCUGGCCAUGCUCGCCAAGAAACUUGAACUGGAUCGAUUCAUGCUUUAUGCUCACGGACCUGACCUUUGUAGAGAAUCUGACCUGCGACAUGCAAUGGCUAAUUGUUUUGAAGCCUUAAUAGGAGCUGUUUACUUGGAGGGUAGCCUGGAGGAGGCCAAACAGCUAUUUGGACGCUUACUCUUUAAUGAUCCGGACCUGCGUGAAGUCUGGCUCAAUUACCCUCUCCACCCGCUCCAGCUGCAGGAACCUAACACCGACCGACAGCUGAUUGAGACCUCGCCAGUUCUCCAGAAGCUGACGGAGUUCGAAGAGGCCAUCGGAGUCAUUUUCACUCACGUGCGGCUUCUGGCCCGAGCAUUCACGCUGAGAACUGUGGGCUUUAACCACCUGACUCUAGGCCACAAUCAGAGGAUGGAGUUCCUGGGUGACUCUAUAAUGCAGCUGGUGGCUACGGAAUAUUUGUUCAUUCACUUCCCUGAUCAUCAUGAAGGACACCUAACUUUGCUUCGGAGCUCCCUGGUGAACAACAGGACGCAGGCCAAAGUGGCGGAGGAGCUGGGCAUGCAGGAGUAUGCCAUCACCAACGACAAGACCAAGAGGCCCGUGGCACUGCGGACCAAGACCUUGGCGGACCUCUUGGAAUCGUUUAUCGCCGCCCUCUACAUCGAUAAGGACUUGGAGUAUGUUCACACUUUCAUGAACGUUUGUUUCUUUCCGCGAUUAAAAGAGUUCAUUUUGAAUCAGGACUGGAACGACCCCAAAUCCCAGCUGCAGCAAUGCUGUUUGACUCUCCGGACAGAAGGCAAAGAGCCGGACAUCCCUCUCUACAAGACUCUGCAGACCGUGGGGCCAUCCCAUGCCAGGACCUACACAGUGGCCGUUUAUUUCAAGGGCGAAAGGAUAGGCUGUGGGAAAGGACCGAGUAUUCAGCAAGCGGAAAUGGGAGCAGCCAUGGAUGCGCUUGAGAAAUAUAACUUUCCCCAGAUGGCUCAUCAGAAGCGGUUCAUCGAACGGAAAUACAGACAAGAGUUAAAAGAAAUGAGGUGGGAAAGAGAGCAUCAAGAGAAAGAGCCAGAUGAGACCGAAGACGUCAAGAAAUAGAGGCCACAGAGGUGGUGGUGUAGUUACUUGCUUAAUAACUGUGACUGGAGCCCAUUGAGAUCUAGCCUAGUUCUCCUCCAAAAAUGAAUGAAGUGUAACCCUGGAAGUCCAACACAGAAUCAAAUCGGUAUUGUUGUUGCAUUGAUUGACUACCCUGCUUUUUAGAAUCCAGUGGUCUUUCUUAUCAAGCAUUUGAUUUUUACUUCUGCUUAGUGGGAAAUGUUUGUUUGGACGAGUGUUUGCGCAUUCAGCAUAAAGCUCGAGCCCAGUGAUGUAGAGUGGAAUAGUUCCUGUUCAUCUCUCUCUGUCACUGCAGACCUCGAGGGGGAGAGAAAAAUCCGUUUUCCUGAACUUCUGGACAAUACUUUGCUAUCGUCUGUACUUUUUUGGGAAACCUUCGGCGUAGUCACCGGAUUUUUUUCCUGCCGGGUGUUGAUCAUUUAAACAUGAAUCUGGAUGUCAAGCAUCUUCUCAGUAGCCCAUGUGGAGUCUGCCCCCUCUCUCGGUGACGAGACUUUUGUGAAUGGGAUUC